CCCCCGAACGUUGUAAUGGCUUUGCAUUGGCUAUAUGGCGUCCUCGCGCUUUGCUGUGUAAACGGCGUGUUCGGGCUCUCACCCAUCUACCUGGGUUGCCAGUUGCAGAAGCCUAGCUCUUGGUCGCAAUUGCUUGGCUGUUCUUCAGGCACUCUGUACGUGAGCCCAACGGACCCAGAAGCGAACUUCACCAGCGUACAAGCAGCAGUAGACUCGUUGUCAGAAGGAGAACCAGUGACAAUAUUGAUCGGGGAAGGUGUAUAUCAUGAGACCGUCAAUGUGUCCAGGCAGGCGCCCCUAACCCUCUUGGGGCAGUUGAAUGGAGCAACUGCAUUCGAUCCGGCUGGAAACGCUUCCACUCGGAAUCUGGUGCAGAUAUGGAAUAAUGGAUGGGUUGUAACCCAGGGUGUUGAGGAUGAUGCGCAAUCCGCCGUACUCGUUGUCUCACCGUCUUUCAACGCAUCCUUGAUCGGAGCAGGCCCUACUGGGGCCCCACUCCAGCCGCUCUUUGGCAACGUCGAUUUCAAGGCGUAUAACAUUGACUUCCAAAACCUUGCGGCGAAUUAUUCCAUCUCCCAGGCAUUGGUCACGGAUAUAUCUUACGCCAACGCGUCCUUCUAUGGGUGUACAUUCGCGAGCUACCAAGAUACUUGGUACACCGGAAGGAAUGCUAGUACUUACGUUGUCGACAGUAUUAUCUAUGGCAUGACUGAUUACUUAUUCGGAUUUGGAACUGCGUGGUUCCAGAAUGUCACUCUGGCUAACCGUGGGUGCGGCGGAGGCCUGGUCGCUUGGAAAGGCACGAACCUCACGGACGCACCUGGCAAUCGGUAUGGUGCUUACAUCUCUAACUCAAAAAUCAUCCGAUCUCCGGACGCCAAUGCCACCACUGUCACGGACGGGAAAUGCUACUUAGGACGUCCCUGGAACAGUCUUGCUACCACUGUAUACCUCAAUACGUACAUGGACCAGAGUAUAGCACCUGUGGGAUGGAUACAAUUCGAUAGCACGCGCACGCUGAAUAUAUCUACGACGUAUUAUGCGGAGUAUAACUCAUACGGUCCUGGGGGAAAUUAUUCCGGAAGAGAGCCUUAUGAACAUUUCUUGACAGACACAGAAGCUAGGAACUUCACCGUAGACAAGGUGUUCCUAGAACAUCCCAAAUGGAUCGAUUACACCUACAUAUAUUGAUGUGGCCACCGUAACAAAGUCGAGAAUCGUUCCAAGUUCCAACAGAAUCUCCAAUCAAUAUGUGAUCAACCCCAAACAAUUAUGGCAGCGGAUGGUCUCCUGUACUUUGCCG